CGCCAUUGGAAGAAGUCAAGGGGGUACCAACUAGCACGACAUAUACAAAACCGUCUUACAAUAUGGUAGGACAAGACCGCUACAAAGCGCUAACUCGCACGGUCCCCAGCAUGCAAGCAGUGAAACUCAAUACCGCCGAAGAGAAAGAAGUAAAAACGCCAUUGGAAGAAGUCAAGGGGGUACCAACUAACACAACGUAUACAAAACCGUCUUACAAUAUGGUAGGACAAGACCGCUACAAAGCCCUAACUCGCAUGGUCCCCAGCAUGCAAGCAGUGAAACUCGAUACCGCACAGGAGAAAGAAGUAAAGACGUCAUUAGAUGAAGUGCAGGGGUUAGUCCCAAAGAUAGCAUACUCAACACCAUGUUAUCAUACAGUAAGGCAAGACCGCUACAAAGCCUAUUCCAACCUGGUCCCCAGCGCAGAAGCACCUAGUAUCAAGCUUAACAAGGGCAAAGAGCAAAAGGCACAUCUGCGCCUAGUCAUGAAAGGUGGCGACUUGGCUCCCAUCAGUUGGCACAAGGCAGCAGUCGCUGCUGUAACACAAGAAUACGUCAAAGCAAAAUACUCCCAGGUCCCCAGUAACCAGCCCAUUCAUAUUGCCAAAAUACAAAGUGCCAUCUCUGACCUCGAGUCCAUAGAAACGCAUGUUGAGAUUGCUUGGAACACAGUAAAACCAGUGUCGACAAAUCAUCAAUAUUCGAAGGCAAAAUUCUCCUUCACAAAAAGUAAUUCCCCAGUAUUCUUUGCUGACACUCAGACAGCUGAAACAAAACUCGAAAAAUCAAAAGUUCAGGCUGAUCUUGAUUGGGUUAAACCAGAGUUGAUUCCAGUAGCACCACAUUACUACAAGACCAAAUCACGGUCUGCUAAGAGUCAAGACCCCCUUUAUUCUGGAAUACAAGAAAGCAUGAUCACUGUUCCUCAGUCUGUUGAUGACCUGGCCCCCAUUCAAAAGGAAAAAGCAAACGUUGUUGAUGUAAGCCACAAGUACGAAAAAGCAAAAUCAUCCCAAGUUUCAAGUAACUUGCCCUUGCACAAUGCAAAAUUGGGAAGUACAGAUGCUGUGGCUGAAUCUGUAAAUGACGAAGUGAAGACGGCACAGUACAGCAAACCAGAAUAUGAAAAGGUGCAACAAGUAGUUUUGAAGCAUAAUACUAAUGUUGUGGCCUCAAACACUGCUCAGUACCAACAAGGAAACCAGAAGACCCUUCAUCUUGCCGAAGACGAAGUUGAGGGCAUCAUCGAACCGUUCAGAGCAAGAGGCUGCAAGUUCGAGACAGUUCCGCAACCAUACGACGAGGCAGUGAAGUAUGAAAUUACUCCCUCACAGAAACCCACCUAUCAAGCUAAGAGUCAGGACUUGAUUCUUAAAACGGAGGUUGUGAAGGAAAACACAGAUAAAGUUGAAUUCCACAAGCCCGCCGUAGAGCUCACAGGACAAACAUUGUUCAGCCAUGACACAGCCAUUACAAAGUCAGGGCAACCAAGUUACCAUCAAGCAAAGAAGAGUCAUUUGAUUCUGACAACAGAGGUUGCAAAGGAAAGUACAGAUGAAGUUGACUUCCACAAGCCUACUGUAGCACACACAGAUCAGAAGUUGUUGAGCCAUGACACAGCCGUCACAAAGUCAGGGAAACCAACUUACCAUGAGGCCAAGAAGAAUCAUUCAAUUCUCACAACAGAAUAUACAAAGGAAAUCACAGAUCGUGUUGAAUUCCACAAGGCUGCUGUGGAGCUCUCUGUAGUGAAGCUGUUCCGCCACAACACAGCUAUCACAAAGUCCAAAUGGCGGUACUUUGGGGUCCGAGAGGGACGGAUUACACUGCAAACUGAGGGUGUGCACGGUUUGGAUACUAACGUUAAGUACGAAACUGCCAAUGUACGGAAGGUAGAGCAAGAAUUACACACAGCAAACAAGGACGAAGUCCUCGUGGAAACAGCAGACUACUUCCACACAAAACCCCACAGGGCUGCAGUACCGCCUUUAGAAACGCUGGGAGUUGUGGAACCUCUUACCUACGAGACAGCAAGUGUGCAGAAUGUCGAGGCAGUUUUCGCAAAAGCUGACCAGGGAGAGGUGACUGUUGAAGCUCCUGAAUACCAUACUGCCAUUACAAACUCAAAAUUCCUGACUUUGUCAGAAACAAAGGAAGAUGUCACUGAGAUCAAAUAUGAUACCGUUACCCCACAGACCGUAAGUGAAGAACCCUUGCACAACGUCAUUGUUGGUGAAGGCAAAAGUGAGUGGCAUUGGCUACAUGCCGAAGAAGGUGAGUUAGAGGAACUGACGUUCGAGAAGACAAGAAAGCUGAAACCGCCAAUCAUUGAAUCAGCUGUGCGAGAAAUUGUCGACCCCCAACUGGAAAUGCCGCGUCCAGUAUUCAUCACAAAUCAGGCAGCGGUUCAAGCCCCUCUGCCUACCUUCACGGCCAAGGAGGUGAACUCGCUGCCUGAAUGGGAGACCUGUGAGACCUUCACAGUCGAGGAGGUGACACCAGUUCGAGCCAAGGCAUCAGUAGCCGUGAUGAACGUCUGUAGAGCCCAGGCUAGUCAGCCAAGGGUCCAGCUGGCAGAAGAAAUGCCAAUUGUGAAGGUCGAUGCGGUCCAAGCCUUGUCUCCACCUCCUAAAACUCGCCCUGGCUUGUUCUAUGUGAAACCCAAAGAGGUCCAACAGCCCCCUCUCGAAGAAGUGGGGACUAUUGAUGACUUGAACACUGAGUCAGCUAAGGUGAGCGAAGAAGAAACCCCCACACUCCACAAGGUCACGGUCACUCCGGUCAGCAAGCUAAAGCUAGAGCUUCCCAAGCUGGAGAUAAGAGAGGAGGAAGAAACCAUAACAGUGGAUGAUCUGGAUCUCAGUCCCGUCACAGUCGUCUCUCCAAAGCCAACGCAAAUACAUGCCAAAAUCGAGAUGGAAGAACAGACAGAGGUUCCGAGUCAGAUGCAUGUGUCGCUGCCAGUCCUGCCUCGACCUCUGCUCAAACAGGCCAAUGAGGAUAGCUUGGAGGAAAUACCACUUGGCAGCACACUGGAGAUCCCAGAGUUGCCUUACCACAAGGCCAGGACAUCCAUGUGUCCCCUACUUACAUCUCACAGGGCUGGUGCCAUGAAGCUUCCCAUACAGAGGGCUCCUCUGGGUUAUAACCAGGACUGGCGGACUCUGAAGCGGCUGGAAGGACUGAGGGCCAGUCUGAUGGUGAAUGGAGAGACUGAGGCACCCUACAUCAGCAGAACAAGCAGUGUGCAGUCCCUAAACAGCCAGAUGUCCAACGAUCUUGCAUGGACGUAUGCAGAUGACAAGAAGCCAACCGAAAAAGAAGAAAAGAAAGAGCCAUCAGCAUCUCCGGAGAAGCCUUCUCCACCAAGACCAGGUUCACGCAAGCCUCUAGAUGAUAACACUUUCAAGGCACCAGAGGAAGAGCCAGAUGCUCCAGUGCCUCCCAAAGAUGAGCCAAAAGCUGCACCACCCAAGAAAGGUACUGCCAUCCAAAUGGUUCGUGAACUGCUCGGAUUGCCUCCUAAAGGGAAGACUCAACCUGAGGCAAAACCAGCUGCCCCUGUCACCAAGGAAACACCUCCAGAACCUGUCGUCAAGGAAACGCCUGCCCCAGAACCUGUCGUCAAGGAAACGCCUGCCCCAGAACCUGUCAUCAAGGAAACGCCUGCCCCAGAACCUGUCGUCAAGGAAACGCCUCCAGAGACUGUCGUCAAGGAAAGACCUGCCCCAGUUGUAAGCAGAGCACCAAAACCUGUCGUCAAGGAAAUGCCUGCCCCAGAACCUCUCGUCAAGGAAAUGCCUGCCCCAGAACCUGUCGUCAAGGAAAUGCCUGCCCCAGAACCUGUCGUCAAGGAAACGCCUGCCCCAGAACCUGUCGUCAAGGAAACGCCUGCUCCAGAACCUGUCGUCAAGGAAACGCCUGCCCCAGAACCUGUCGUCAAGGAAACGUCUGCCCCAGUGAAGAAAGCUCCAGAACCCAUCACCAUUGGACCACCCUCAGCAGAGCUGCCAGAGCCUGUUGAUUUGCCGACGACUCCCAUCCCCUCAUCAAUGGUCGUACCAUCAGGUCCACAGAAGUCUCCACCAGCUGCCAGCGCACAGCCAGAGAAACUUGGGUUCUGGGAUAGUCUGAGGAGGGAUCUGAAGAAGCCUACAGCAGCUGCUGCAGUACCGGACGAUUCAACUACCAAGCCAACCGUUUCUGACAAACAAUCUGAGUCUGACCCUGACUCAAAUACGGCAAGUAAGCUUGGUCGAUACCUGGGAUUUUUCAAGAGGGACAGUGAGAGAGGGAGAGAGGAGAAGAAGGAUGAGAAGUCUCCGAAAAGGUCCAGUCUGUUCAGCAGGGCACCAGCAGGAUCAUCAGAGCCACAGUAGGGCAGGUAGACUUGUGAGCUGAGGAAAAGUGAAGGCAAAUAGAAGGAGGACCAAGGAAGGAAGAAUGAAGGUUGACAUUAUUUUAAUGUAAAUAUUUAGUCACCGCUGUCCUUUCAGAUUUAAUUUUAUGUUUUGAUACCAGUGUUGGUCUUAUCUGUGAAAAACCUUUAAUUUUAAUGAAAGGUACAAUCAGUAAGUUAGAUCCCAUUCAUUUGAUUGGUUUACAAGUAUGUAACUUAUAGUAAUUGGCACACUUGGACCAAUGCUGUGUUAGCAGACUUCUCAUCACCUGGUGAAAGACCACUCAUGUGUUAAUACAAUUAACUACCUCAAAUACUCAAUACUAAUAUUGUUGGUGGAUUGAUGGACAUAUUUGAUAAUAAGCCAUGUUACAUUAGGUCAGGUGUAAUAAACUGAAUGGAUAUAUACAAAUCUUAUGUAAUUAGUACUUGGGAUAUCAACUACUUGGAAUUUCUAUCUAUAGUAUGUUUAAAACAGAUACUUUAAACUUUUAAGUUAGAAUUACUUAU